AUGGUCACCCUGUUGCACUGUGACACCUUGAAGCAUAUCUACCCAGCCUUUUUCAAAGCCACGAGCCACCCAGACAUCACCCUAAGCAUCUUUGUGGCUGGUUACUUUCAGGCUGUGACACAGGGGUUGCUUUCGGCGGUUUGGGAACCCAGUUAUUUCUGCAAGAAGCAAGGCUUUUCACGCCUGAUCACAGGGACCCCCUCUGCUCAAACAGCAGCCAUUAGAAUGUUCCAAAAAACUGGCUUUGUUCAGACAUCCUGCCACAAUUGCACUCUAAAUGUUAAAUACCGGCUCUUCAGAAUUGCCAAAAUUACUAUACUUUGA